CCCACCGCGCAAGCACAGCUACCAUCCGAAGAGCGGGGGGGGGGCGUUUUGUUGUGGACAAUAAAAGGGAGGGAGAGGCCAGUGCUUGUGAGACGAGGCGAAGCGCUCUCUUCCAUAUGCCUUCAGAUGUGGAUCACAGCCGGCGGACGCUGCUGGAUGCGGCUAGAGUGGAGCCCUCUCGAAGGGAGAGGCGGCGGCUGCUGAUUGCAUCGGGGUGCUACUUGAUGGUGUUUGCUUUCAGCGCCGUCGAAAUACUCUACCAGUCUUUGAGCAGGCGUAUCGUGGACAGUCCGGAGAGAUGGUUCGCCUGGAUUGUCUUCGGCUGCCCGGGGUUUUUGUCCCUCUGCAUGGCCGUCUCCCGAUAUCUCGUCGCCCGCUCUCUAGGCAACCGGCCUGGCAGAUGGAACAUGGCUUCCCUGGCUCGGCUGCCCCCCAACAUCGCCCGGCUGGUCGGCAUUCCCUUGGCAGAGUCGGCUGCGACGACUCCUCGCCGUUUCGACAGGGGUUUCGCGUUGGCUGGGGGGCUUUUCGUGGGGGGAGGGGGAGGGGGUGACGUGAGGGCGGGGACCGCGAUGACUACCCCCGAAGUGCUCCGGUCCACGAGCCUUCGCAGCCGGUCCGCCGUGAGAAACGCGACCUCUACUCCGCAGCAUCAGGCCGGAGGAGGGGGUGGGGGUGCUGCUGUAACCCACGUCACCCCCGCCAGGGGCACUCCCAGCGAGAGGAGGCUUUUCUCCCCGGAAGAUUCCAACAGGUGGGGCGGCCAAGGAGGAGGGUGUGGUUCUGCGGCCCGCCUUACUCCGUCGGAGGUGGCUAAGGCCGGAAGGAGAGCAAUCGCUGUACGUCCUCAGGACGUUGGGGACCUCAUGAAGGUCUACGAUGAGAGACACGUCACGCCUGCGCCAGCAGACCCUGCUUCACAGGCGAACAGCGGGGGGUACGCGACUGGUCAGGGCCUAGGGCCGGGGGGGUUCGCUGUGGCCCUGGGCACAGGAGGGGCUCAGGCGCUAGCGCUUGGGGGGGGUGCGAUCCAAGGGCGGGGGGUUGGUAUCGGUGGCUACUACGGCAACACCCUGCAGUGGGGCGACGCCGGAGGUUGGGCGGGCGGCGGCGGCGCCGGUGGUGGGAGUGGUCGUGCUUGGGAGUAUGAGGUGUACCAGGGCGACUCCGCUCAGGAGGGCCACGGUGGAAGGGAGGACGAGUCCGACAAAGAACGCGCAAAACAGCUGCUAGUUUCCCUCGGGAUCGCCGACAAGACCGACGAUUACACAAAGAACGUCAAGACGUACAUGGUUGGCCUCAUGAGGACAUAUCUGAGGCACUUCGAGCAAGUGUGUCGCCUUUUGGAAGAGCGAGGUGUUUCCCGGGAGAUUCUGAGGCAGGAAGUUCACAGGCAACCCCAGCUGCGCACCCGGAGCUCUCCACGCGCCCACGUGAACCUCUCCCUGAGGGACAUGGCCCAACAGCUCUCCACCGACCGGGACUUCUACGUGCAAGGGAACGACGGUCAGCAGACGAACCUUUUCCGCGAGUAUCAGGCAAGUGGAGUGUUGGAGGAGGCGUUGCAUGUAACCGCCGGCUCCGGCACUGGGUUCGCCGCCGGGGGAAACCCCGCGUACGUACUGUCCCGCCUGAGCGUGCUGUCCGAGGACGAUUUCAUGUCCGCCUUCGACUACGCCGGGGGAGGCGGGUAUCCGGCAGGCCGCGACUGGGCCGCCGACCUUCCGACGGACGCGGCGAUCGUGAUGAAGCUGUUCGUGUGCUGCAGCGACAAGCUCUUGCCCAGGGACUGGGAGGAGGACAGGCCUUUCGCCAGGCAAUUUUUCGUGGACAGAGCACCCUCGAGCCAAGAUGCCCUUCCCGGCAGAUUUUUCCUGACGCGUAACGAGGUGCUGCACCCGCCUCACUUUUUCGUGGUAGCCGACCAAGCACACUGGCACGCCCUUCCUGGCUCUACCAAUGUUUUCCAGGCGAUCGCGCUUUUCUUCCAUGCAAUCAAGACGCGCAAGUCGAGCUACCUCGGCCCAGGCAUCAGCGUUGCCAACAUCGUGAACGAGAUGUUCGGAGCGGAGGAAGAACCAGUCGCAUCCCCCCGCGGAUUCUGAGAAAGAAGAACGUACAAACGCGUUUUUUUUUUUUUUUCCUGACGGGACAGGUGCUGGGUCAAUUGAGUUUCCUGUCAACGGCGAAGCCCUAGUGGUAGCUUUCUCUCUCGUGUUGGACGCUUCCGUGUGUGUCACGGAGCGAGCUUGUUGUCUGGCGGGUUGUUGUUUGGUGGGCAGGCGAUCUUCACGGUGAUGGGUGGUAUCGUUUGGGGAUCUACCGUAGGGGCAUGUUGCUCGAGUGCUUGCUUGACGAUACUGUUCUCUCUCGGUGUCAAUACACUGUGCCUGCGUAUCUUUGUUGGUGGGUCGCCAUGAAGAAUGAACAGGAAGGACCGCCGACGCUCAUUCCAUCAUCAUGGACGCGAUGUCCACCACAAUCGGAGGAACAAAGUGUAGGCAUCAACGUGGAAAAAUGACGAUAGAUUGCCUCAGCGAACACGAUAUUUGAUAACAAAUGCGUGAUGAGCAUUGCUGACAUCCAACAGCGGCGUCUAGCCAAUCUGUUUGGCGACCCUUGCCAUGAUAAGCCGACAAGCCAAUGUUUGUAAAGAUCAACCACCAAGCAGUUUCACAGGGCUCAUCUUGACAUGCGUCCUUUGGCUGCAGUCACGCCAGGGUACUGUGGAGGAAUGGUUGCACCCCCUGUCUGAAAAUGACUAUGGUGAUAUGCAUAUAUCGCGUCAUGAGCUGUGCUGCUUAUCCUGCUUGGGAGGGGGGAGGGUAUCAUUGCAAGGGUCUGUCCCCCCUGGCGCAUCGACCAAACUCCCCAGUUUGCCACAGUGUAAUAGUUCCCCCUUUCCGUCAGCGAUGUGACAAGGUAGUCUCCCAUUUGGAGGGUGUAGUAAUGGACUUUGCACGUAGGUUGACUUUUAGCGGGGUACAAUUAUGGUAAAACUACUGCUGUAUUCGGUCUU